AUGGAUACAGCACUCAUGGUGGCUGCAUCUCUGCUUCGACUGGUUCUCGUCCUGCUCCUCAUCCCUGGUCAUGCUUCACUGACCAAAGUAUUUGGUAACACCUCAGGUAGGUAUCUGGGGGCUGCAUAUGUUGAUCAGGCUCUUCAGAGGGCACUGGAGCUGACUGAUGCUGCUUACGCCCACACAAGUGAAAGGGUGAAGAAGUCGCUGUCUGAAGGCGCUCUGAGACCCAGUGACCUGCUGGCUCAGUUUAAACAGAUUGAAACCAGAACCAGGUCCCAGAUCCGGGCUGCUGAGCUGCUGGCCAACACAGUGGAGCUGAUCAGAGAGAUGGUCUACACUAACACUAUGAUGCAACCCAAUGCUUACGAGCUGCUGAGUGAAGAUGAUGUGGAGAAUCUGCUGCAGGUGACAGGCUGCUCCGCCGAGCUGCAGACGCCCAGCUGUCAGACUGACUGUCUGUCUGAGCGCUACAGAUCCAUCACAGGCGAGUGCAACAACAGACAACAUCCGAGAUGGGGGGCUGCAAAUAUCCCGUAUUCCCGCUGGUUGCCUCCAGAGUACGAGGAUGUGUGGGGGAUGCCCAGGGGCUGGGAACCAAAACACACUUACCACAAUGUCAGCCUGCCUCCAGUGCGGCUGGUGUCACAGGAAGUGCUGUUCACUCGCAAUGACAACAUAUCUGCAGACUCCACCCUGUCCCACCUACUGGUGGAUUGGGGUCAGUGGAUAGACCACGAUCUGGUGCUGACGCCUCAGAGCCCCAGUACGGCCGCCUUCAAGACUGGAGCUGACUGCACCCACACCUGCAGCCGAGACUCACCCUGCUUUCCCAUACAGAUCCCACUGUCUGAUCCUCGUAACGGCAUCCAGAGUUGUAUGCCUUUCUUCCGCUCUGCUCCCAGCUGUGGUGCCGGAGUUCUGCCUCAUCGUCACCGUGAGCAGCUCAACGCCAUCACUUCCUUUGUCGAUGCCAGUAUGGUAUACGGCAGCUCCACUGGUCUGGCCUCUGCUCUCAGAAAUCAGUCUUCUCCUCUUGGCUCAAUGGCCAUCAAUUCCCAGCACUCAGACCAGGAGCUCGCCUACAUGCCCUUCCUUCCUCGACUGCAGCCUCACCUGGACCCCUGCGCCCCUCGCAACUCCACCACCUCAGAAACGUCAGACAGAUCUGCUCACCGACAGAACACCACAUCCUGCUUUCAAGCUGGUGAUUCAAGAGCCAAUGAGCAUCUGGGAUUGAUCGCACUGCACACGCUCUUCCUGAGAGAGCACAACCGACUGGUCAAAGAGCUGCACCUGCUCAAUCUUCACUGGAGCCCUGACACCCUCUAUCAGGAGGCCCGCAAGAUCAUAGGAGCCAUUCACCAGAUCCUAACAUGGGAGCACUACCUGCCACGGGUCCUUGGUGAGAGUGCCAUGUCUCAUUUGAUGCCUCCUUAUCAGGGUUAUGAUCCCGAUGUGGAUCCCAGCAUUGCUAACGUUUUUGCAACCGCUGCAUUUCGUUUUGCUCACGUCACCGUGCAGCCAGUGGUGACCAGACUGGGGGAAGGAUAUACCACUAACUCCCAGUAUCCCUCUCUGCCACUGCAUCACUCACUGUUUGCCUCUUGGAGGAUUGUGCAGGAAGGUGGUAUUGACCCAGUGCUGCGCGGUUUGCUGCUGUCUCCAGCCAAGCUGCAGACUCCAGGCCAGAUGAUGGUGGAGGAGCUGACAGAGAGGCUCUUUCAGGCACAGGGUGGGAUGCCUCUGGACCUCGGAGCCCUUAACCUCCAGCGAGGCCGAGACCACGGCCUGCCUGGAUACAGCUCCUGGCGAAAGUUCUGUGGACUUUCUGUUCCCAACUCCACAUUGGACCUUGCUGAAAUUUUGGGUAACUUCACACUGGCUCACAAAUUCCGACUCUUAUACGGGACACCACACAACAUCGAUGUGUGGGUGGGGGCCAUCUCUGAGCCAGCUCUGCCUGGAGGCCGAGUUGGAGCGCUCCUGUCCUGCCUGCUCGGCAGACAGUUCAGAGCACUGAGAGACGGGGACAGGUUUUGGUGGGAGAGGGAAGGAGUGUUCACCAACGCCCAGAGGAAGCACCUGCGCUCAGUCUCUCUGUCCCGCAUCAUUUGUGACAACAGCCACAUCACACACGUACCUGCCAACCCGUUCUCCCGCACCGAGAGACCGGAGGAUAUGCUGCCCUGUUCUGACCCCCUCAUCCCUCAACUUGACCUCAGCCCCUGGAAAGAACAGGACACAGAUACCCGCUGCGGUCCAGUACCCAGGAUUCAGUCUGGCUACUCCCUACUCUGUAACUCUGUGAUCCUCUAUCAGUGUCAUUCUGGUUUCAAGCUACUGGGCUCUUCAUCUAUCACUUGUGAUCCAAACAGCCAGCAAUGGAGCUCGACACCUCCAACGUGUCAGGAUAUCGAUGAAUGUGAGGAACUGACCUCUGUUUGUCCACAACAUCUGGAGUGCCUGAACAUACAAGGUUCCUUUAUGUGCUCAGAGCCCUCCACGCUGUCUGCUGUCUCCAUCGUCACUGCAGUGAUAGUGGUGUUUGGAGGUGUGGCCAUGCUGGUGAUGAGCAUGAUUUGUUUUCGAAGAUAUUUCCCCAAGAGAGACGAGUUGGUCAAUGCUGGAUGUUGCCAAGAGAAAAGUUAAUCAAACCUUUGCACAAGUUUGGUUGAUUUUUGUUGUAAUUUUCCUGUUCAAUGAUCUAAAUGUUUUUCUGUGUUUAGUUGACUAGCUGCAGUUUUUUUUUUUUUGUUAUAUACAUCAAGUCUGUUUAAUAUUGUUGAGGAUAGGUUCCGCUUACAAGAAAUUACCUUUUAAAAAAGGCAUAGUUUCCCCUACACAUUACAAAAGUAGCCAGUGUGACUGUGCCCACUGAUAAACAACAAGUCAAAGUACUUAUUAAGGUCUACUGUAAUCUGUACAGAGGUCAUGAAAACAGCAGCUCAGAGGUCUUUCCAAUCCGGAAAUUCAAAUCUUACUGGAAUGUCAGCUUCAUAAAGCCCCUCUGAACGUGACAUGGUCUCAGCAUUUCCUCAGCAUUCCCACUUAUGAACCUGUUAGGCAUAUGUGGGUGUUAGGUUGGGCAGU